AUGGCUCGCUACACCAGGAAACAGAUCGUCACCUUCAUCAGCAUCGUAUACCUCGUCUUUGCGACCGCCAUGGCAGGAUACGCAAGCUCUCGCGCCAACCGCCUCUCUGUGCCCAUCUCUGAUACCCUCACCGGCUUCACGACCGCUCUUCCCGUCAUUUCUGGCCUUCUCCUCGAGUGCGGUUACGAUCUCACGCGUCGCAAAGAGCGCCGUGCCCACAUGGAGCGGGGUGAAAUCCAGCGCCCGCCAUUCGUCAUCGUCGCCAACUUCUUCAUCUUCAUCUACUCAACCGUCGUUAUUACGCUGCUGGGCACGCAUGCAGCCCCACCCUCGGAGCUGGACUGUGGACUGCGACGGCAAUGGCAAACCCUCUUCAGGCACAAAGAUUCAAGUGCAAUCCGGACAAUCCAAGACCAGUACAACUGUUGCGGCUUCGCCAACUCAAAAGACAUGGCCUGGCCGUUCCCAGACAAGAGCCACAAGCCUGACUCUUGCCAAGAGUCGUUCGGACGGACCAACGGCUGCAUGGGAUCGUGGAAGGCUGAAGAGCAGCAUAUUGCGGGCUUGUUGAUGGGAGUCGUGGGUUUGGUGGCAGUAUGGGCGUUCGCCAUCAUUGCCAUUCCCACGCAACGCGAGACUUGGUUGCACAAGAUCGCCCCAGAACGAGUAUCGGAAUUCAUCGCCGCCGAAGAGCACGGCAGCACUGGCGAACGACGCCGCAUCAAUUACUUGCCGGACACCAAUCGCUACUCAGACCGCUUUCAGGAGGACGAUGACGAGACAACUCCACUAAGCCCUGAGAAUCGACGCGCCCUUGAGACUGGCAAUGCUCAAGUCGGGACAGGUUUGCCAGGCAAUGUGGCCAUGGACGCUCCAGCGACCGAGGAGUGGGCAAGGGCCUAA